CCCCAGGUAGAUGGCCCCCCCAGGGCAGGCCCUGCGGACACCCCUCCCUCCGGCUGGCGGAUGCAGGGCCUAGCGGCUGCUCCUAAGGACGAAACCAACAUGAGUGGGGGAGGGGAGCAGGCCGACAUCCUGCCGGCCAACUACGUGGUCAAGGAUCGCUGGAAGGUGCUGAAAAAGAUUGGAGGUGGGGGCUUUGGUGAGAUCUACGAGGCCAUGGACCUGCUGACCAGAGAGAACGUGGCCCUCAAGGUGGAGUCAGCCCAGCAGCCCAAGCAGGUCCUCAAGAUGGAGGUGGCCGUGCUCAAAAAGCUGCAAGGGAAAGACCAUGUGUGCCGGUUCAUUGGCUGCGGCCGGAACGAGAAGUUUAACUACGUGGUGAUGCAGCUCCAGGGGCGUGGGCUGCCACUCCUGAGGAGGGGGAUGGCCCAGUGGUGGUGGGUGGCCCGCACCACGCUGCGGUUGGGCAAGCAGAUCCUGGAAUCCAUCGAGGCCAUCCACUCCGUGGGCUUCCUGCACCGAGACAUCAAGCCGUCGAACUUUGCCAUGGGCCGGCUGCCGUCCACCUACAGGAAGUGCUACAUGCUGGACUUCGGGCUGGCCCGGCAGUACACCAACACCACGGGGGACGUUCGGCCCCCUAGGAACGUGGCCGGGUUUCGAGGGACUGUCCGGUACGCCUCGGUCAACGCCCACAAGAACCGGGAGAUGGGCCGCCACGAUGACCUGUGGUCCCUCUUCUACAUGUUGGUGGAGUUUGCAGUGGGGCAGCUGCCCUGGAGGAAGAUCAAGGACAAGGAGCAGGUAGGGAUGAUCAAGGAGAAGUAUGAGCACCGGAUGCUGCUGAAGCACAUGCCCUCAGAGUUCCACCUGUUCCUGGACCACAUCGCCAGCCUCGACUACUUCACCAAGCCUGACUACCAGCUGAUCAUGUCGGUGUUUGAGAACAGCAUGAAGGAGAGGGGCAUCGCGGAGAACGAGGCCUUCGACUGGGAGAAGGCUGGCACGGACGCGCUCCUGUCCACGAGCACCUCCACCCCGCCCCAGCAGAACACGCGGCAGACAGCAGCCAUGUUCGGGGUGGUCAACGUGACGCCGGUGCCUGGAGACCUGCUCCGGGAGAACACGGAGGACGUGCUGCAGGGCGAGCACCUGAGUGACCAGGAGAACGCACCCCCAAUCCUGCCUGGGCGGCUCCCCGAGGGGCUGGGCCCCGGCCCCCUCCUCGCCCCGCACCCCGGGGGCCCUGAAGCUGAAGUCUGGGAGGAGACAGAUGUCAACAGGAACAAACUCCGGAUCAACAUCGGCAAAACCCCCUGCGUGGCGGAAGAGGAGCAGAACCGAGGGGUGGGGGUCCCCAGCUCUCCGGUGCGAGCCCCUCCAGACUCACCGACAACCCCAGUGCGUUCUCUGCGCUACCGGAGGGUCAACAGCCCGGAGUCGGAGAGGCUCUCCACUGCGGAUGGGCGGGCGGAGCUACACGAGAGGAGGUCACGAAUGGAUCUGCCCGGCUCACCCUCGCGCCAGGCCUGCUCCUCACAGCCGGCCCAGAUGCUGUCAGUGGACACGGGCCAGGCCGACCGGCAGGCCAGCGGCCGCAUGGACGUGUCGGCCUCCGUGGAACAGGAGGCCCUGAGCAACGCCUUCCGCUCGGUGCCGCUGGCUGAGGAGGAGGACUUCGACAGCAAGGAGUGGGUCAUCAUUGACAAGGAGACAGAGCUCAAGGACUUCCCCCCGGGGGCCGAGCCCAGCACAUCGGGCACCACGGACGAGCUGGCCGAGGAGGACCUGCGACAGACACCGUGCCAGUUCCCACCACCCCAGCUGAGCCAGGCCGAUGGGCGAUCAGAGACGUCGCAGCCCCCCACGCCCGGCAGCCCUUCCCACUCACCCUUGCACUCCGGACCCCGCCCUCGACGGAGAGAGUCGGAUCCCACUGGCCCUCAGAGGCAGGUGUUCUCCGUGGCGCCCCCAUUUGAGGUGAACGGUCUCCCACGAGCUGUGCCUCUGAGCCUGCCCUACCAGGACUUCAAGAAAGACCUCUCCGACUACCGCGAACGGGCCCGGCUGCUCCACCGGGUCCGGAGAGUGGGCUUCUCGCACAUGCUCCUCGCCACCCCCCAGAUCCCGCUGACUCCUGUCCAGUCUCAAGCUAAUGGGAAGGAGGGAGAGGAGGACGACGAGGAAGAAGAGGAAGAAGAGGAAGAGGAGGAGGAAGAGGAGGAGGACGAGGAGGACGAGGAGGAAGAGGAGGACGAGGAGGACGAGGAAGAGGUGGAGGAAGUGGAGGAGGAGGCAAUAGCCCUGGGGGAGGCACUGGGGCCUCACAGUGGCUCCAGCAGUGAGGGGAGCGAGAGGAGCACCGACCGGAGCCAGGAGGGCGCCCCGUCCACGCUGCUGGCUGAUGACCAGAAGGAGUCCAGGGGCCGGGCCUCCAUGGCUGACGGGGACCUGGAGCCUGAGGAGGGCUCCAAAACGCUGGUGCUCGUCUCCCCUGGUGACAUGAAGAAGUCGCCUGUCACUGCCGACCUGGCCCCUGACCCUGACCUGGGCACCCUGGCUGCCCUCACUCCUCAGAACGAGCGGCCCCAGCCCACCGGCAGCCAGCUGGACGUGUCUGAGCCAGGCACCCUGUCCUCCAUCCUCAAGUCUGAGCCCAAGCCCCCCGGGCCUGGGACAGGGCUGGGGACCGGGGCAGUCACCGCAGGGGCAGGGGGAGUGGCAGUCACCUCCUCACCCUUCACCAAAGUUGAGAGGACCUUUGUACACAUUGCAGAGAAAACCCACCUCAACGUCAUGUCUUCCGGUGGGCAAGCCUCACGGCCUGAGGAGCUCAGCUCUGGGGGCGAGCUGGGCCUGGAGGUGCCCUCUGAGGGGAGGGCUGCAGAGGAGGGGACCUCUGUGCCCCUGGAGAACGGUAUUCCCCAGUCAGGGCUGGAGAGCUGUGCCCUGCCUGGCCCUCCUGGGGACACCCCCGUGGAGGUGGCCGUGGACUCACUGCCCAGUGGACCACCCCUUGUUGAUGGGCCAGCCCCAGCACCCCCGCUGGAACCAGACCCCGAGAAACUGGCCACCGUCUCCCGCAGCCACCGUGCCAGGCCAGGCCCUCGCUGCAGAAGCCGCAUCCCUGUGCUGCUGUCGGAGGAGGACACUGGUUCCGAGCCCUCGGGUUCACUGUCGGCCAGAGAGCGGUGGAGCAAGCGGGGGCGACCCCAGCAGGACCUGGCCCGGCUGGUGAUGGAGAAGAGGCAGGGCCGCCUGCUGCUGCGGCUGGCCUCCGGGGCCUCCUCCUCCUCCAGCGAGGAGCAGCGCCGCGCCUCUGAGACGUUCUCGGGCACAGGCUCCGAGGAGGACAUGCCCGCCUCUGAGCCCUCGGUGCCCAGGAAGGCCGGGCGGGCGGCUGCCACCCGGAGCCGGAGCCCCCGCCCCGUCAGCACCCGCAUGCCCACGCCUGCCCCAGCCCAGCAGUCCCCUGGCAGACCCCAUGGUGCGGCCCCAGCAUCGGACACAGCCAUCACCAGCAGGCUCCAGCUGCAGAAGCCUCCAGGGUCGGCCAUUGCUGCCGACUUCCGUCCCAAACAGCCCCUUGGCCGGGGCCAGGGCCCAGGGCGAGGCCAAGCCAGCACCAGGCCCCCAGCCCCGCGCAGUCCGGGCCUCCCUGCCUCCACCGCGCGCAAUUCCAGCGCGUCCCCCCGCAGCCAGUCCCUGUCCCGCAAAGAGAGCCCCUCACCCUCGCACCAGGCCCGGCCUGGAGGGCCCCCACCCCGAGGCGCUUCACAGGCCCGGGCCGAGCCCGAUGGCACCCCCUCCCUAGGGGGGCCCAAGAAAGGACCCAGAGGGAAACUCCAGACUCAGCGCGCAGCAACCAAAGGCCGGGCAGGCGCCGCGGAGGGCCGGGCCGGGGCCAGAUAAUGACGCGCGGGCUCUGUGUGGGCCCCACCCUCACUCCAGCCCCCAACCCGCAGCCGGCCACACUGGAUCAGCUCCCAGCACAGCCUUACGCGCCCGACGCGCCACCCGCGGCCCCAGCUUCCUGCCUGCACCCGCCGUGCUCGCCCCAGCCAGGCUCCACCGGUGGGGGGCACCUCGCCGCAGGGGUAGAGCUCGCCUCCCUUCCUUCCCCAGUCACCUCCCGCCUCCUGCCGCCCCUCCGCUGGGAAGGCUCAGCUGCUCUACUCGGAGGACCCGCUAAUCGGGACAGCCCGCUCUCCCGCCAGGCCUCUGCUGCUCUCCAUGCUCCACCCCCACACCCUCUGCUUACACCUCCUACAGAGCCUUUCCCUCCUCCCAACCCUCUUCCAGCCAAAGCCCCCCUUUCAGAAAGGCAGCCUCAAUUUCUCCAAGUGGAGGCUCCAGCCUCCCCUAGAGGCCAACCCCGCAGUCUCCUGGGAAGGACCACUUCUCAGCGGGGAGGUGGGACCUAGGGCCAUUGGUCUACUCAGGUGUGAGGGGGCAGGUAUGACCUGCCCCAGGGCUCCAUCCUGGACACCCUGUGGGAGGCAGUGAGCAGGGUGAGGGUUGUUCUAAAGUGCAAGUCCCCCCACCCCCUAUAUUUGAGUGGGGCCUCAGUGGGAACCACAGGGUGUGGGCUGCCUGCCUGGGCCUGUAUUUCCCGGUGGGAAGUCGGAGGAAGGGCUUUAAAGAAGUUUCACUGGUCCUUGGCCCCCAUCUAGUGCUCAGGACCCCUCAGCAUCCGGAAUUCCUUAUCGCCAUCUAACUCAAUCUUGCCUCCUGCAGUCUCAGCCAACUCCCUUCUCUCCUGGGUUCAGUGGAGGUGGAGAGUGGCUGCUCAUCAUCUCUCGCUGGCCCUUUGGAGAUUCAGGGACACAAUUCUGGCCAGGCCACCCUCCCUGUUCUCCUGGCUGUGACCAUCAUGUCCCCCUGUGGGCAGAGAGAGCAGAAACAGACAGACA